AUGCAGUGCUCAUGCGCCACUAAUAAAAUCAGGGAGCCUGUGUCGAAGCGUCUCCAAUCCCCUCGACCUCUUUGGAGGUGUCGAAAUUGCAGUGCAAAAGCAGCCUUACUUUUAUUCACCGAACUCGUGUUUGGGCCAAUCGUAUACGAAAGACCAGAAAACCUCCGCAUCAGCGUCGAGUCUCAUCCGGGAAUGAGCCGACAACGAAGCUGUGACUGCCAGAUAAGCUUAGCUGCUGCUGCAUCAAGAACCCGAUUGAGAGACAAGCACAGGUCGUACAACCACAACGUCACAGGAACCAAGAAACCAAACCAGCCUGUGAAAAUAAUAUUUCCAUCCUGUCCAACGGGAUUCGGAUUUCGAACGCUCCAAUUCUUACAUGGACCGAGGAAGUAUCACCGUCCUCCUGCUGAUCCGGGUCUCGCUGAUCUGAUGUUUGGGCAUCAGUCCAGGUUCCCCAAUCGUCCCUCGAGAAGGUGGAGUUUAAUCGUUUUGGCUUUCCUCCUUGGAGCUCGUUUAGCUCGCUUUCUACAAGGCAAGGGAAAGCGAAAGCGAGGAAUACGACCAGGCCGGGAUAGAGCGAGAGGUGAUCCAACUGGCAACGAGCGAAGAGAAAGCUUGGUCACAAAUUCAGGUAGGUUUUAUGCUUAUCCAUACACUGCAAAGUUUAAGAAAUCAAAAAUGGCGUGGGGUAGAAGCGAAUACGAUUGCAAUCACAUCCCCAAUCCCGCGUAUCUUUCGUACAAUCCUCUCACAAGGUGUUUAAAUAGUGGCAGCAAAUACGGAGUACGCGGGUCAACGUCUUGGGGAUUUUCAAAGGACCAGAAAAACAAGCUUUGUGACAUUGGAUCUUGCUUGGCUCGUUGCAACCCCAAAAGGUGGGCGGUGAUCACCUGA